AUGAGGACAAUGAACUCUACAAUGUUUCUAUAUAGUGUACAAGAAAGAUAUGCAGAUGCUUUUGCUAAAAAUUUCACCGUUGUUCUUCUUGCAGUCAUAAUUCUGUCCAUUAAUGGAGUGUUUGUAUUGACAUUUUUCAGGAGUUCAAUUUUCUACAAUAAUCCGAGAUAUAUAUUAUACAUUCACUUGGUCAUCAAUGAUAUGCUCAUGGUUUUUUUCACUGUAAUUCUUUCUGUGAUGGCUUAUGUAUGGCAAAAUGUACCUCUCCCGUUCUGUGUUACACUGCUUAUAAUAGCCUCAACAACUCAUAAGAACACUCCUCUGACUUUGGCCGGUAUGGCCGUUGAGCGUUACAUCGCAAUCUGCAAACCACUGCAUCAUCAGCAGAUUUGCACAGUGCGCAGGACAUUCAUCCUUAUCUCUCUGAUUUGGGGUGUAGGAGUUUUACCUGGAUUGGCUGACUUGAUUCUUCUUUCAAUUGUUCGUCCUUUAUCUACUUCUUAUACAGUUACUUCUUGUAGUGCAUCAAUUCUGUACAGCACAGCAUACCAUGAAGUACAGUCCAGAUUUAUGAAUGGCCUUUACUCAUCUGUUGUGUGGGUAAUUCUUGUAUUCACAUAUUGUCGAGUGCUUAUUGCGGCCAGGAGAUCCACCACUGAUAAAUCCUCAGCAAAAAAGGCCCAAAGCACCAUCCUGUUACAUGGAGUACAGCUUCUGCUCUGUAUGUUGUCCUACAUUACUGCUGUCAUAGACAAGAUGUUUAUCCCAUUUCUUCCAGUUGACCGGGCGAGACUAACCUUUUUGAAUUAUCUUCUAACAAACAUUUUGCCACGACUACUUACUCCCCUGAUUUAUGGUGUUCGAGAUAAGCAUUUUUACAAACACAUGAAGGAACUUCUUUCAUACAGAUUAUUUAUUGUAAAAGUUGAAUCAAUCAAAAAAUGAGCAAAAAGGGGCAACAUCAUUAAAUGUUUCAUAGAAAUGCAUCACAAUUGUUGGUAAAGCAUGCAUAAUUCUUCAUGUAAGUGAACCAGAUGAAUGUUUUGCCACAAUGUUAAACCCAAGAAAAUGUACUGCCAUGCUUUAAUGCAAUUAAUUAACAGUGUUCUUUAAUUGUAAUCAACUUUUCCAUGAAUUUUAAAGUGACGUAAUGAAAGUAUGUAUUAAAAUGGCACUCCAAAAAAGUAAUGUAAGAAAUGUUUAUGUACAUACAAAUGAUUAUGAGCAGGCAGACCAUAAUUACCUGUACACUAAAAUAUUGUGUGGUUUAUUUCCUGUUCAGUUGUAUUAACGAAAUGCUCUGUACGAUGAAAAUAGUGCAAAGUUAGACAAAGUAAACUAUAAUCAUGCUUCUGUAGU